AAAUAAACCCCAUUCUCAAGUCACAAGUCACCUGUUUUUGGAAUCAUCAUUCUUAAAAAGUAAAUAAAAAUGGAUAAUUCCCUAAAUCUCAGUUGUUACAUUUGCGGUGUGUCAGACAAGUUAAUUGUCCCACUAAAAGUUGAAUAUUCUCAAACGAUUUGUCAACUGCUAAGAAAAAACAACGUUUUUCUAAAAAAUUCACCCCAACAAACUGACCAAAUACAAACUUGGAAUAAUUGUUACCACUGUUGUGAAUUAAUUUCUGAAUUAAAUCGCUUAAUAAACAAACAAGGCAAAAUUGUUGAUCAGAUUAAGAACAAAAUUGAGAAAGAAGCCAAGUCGAUACGAAAUCUCGCUCAAAUCACUCAAAUCAAGGAGGAGGAGGAGUGCGAAUCCGAGGCUGAAGAAUUCUUUUGCAAAAUUGAAGUGGAACCUGACCCCAAAGAUGACGAGGAGGGGGACUCAUUUGUUCUGCAUACUUUUGACCCUCCUCCAAUGAAACGGAUGAGAAGUUCCAUUAACACCAUGCAGCCCCCAAAGACUCCACGUGCACCACUACCCUGCCCAAUUUGCAAUAAACUAUUUCGCGGAGGUCAUGGUCGCCGUCGACGCCAGGACCACAUUGAUCGUGUCCACGGAAACAUUGAAAAGUUUACCUGUCGCUACUGCACUGGCACUUUCUCCACCAAUGGUCACUGGCUCAAUCACCUCUUAAAGAAGCACGAGAGGCUACAAAAUGAAAAAUCCUUGUGUUGUACCUUCUGCGAAAAAAAGUUUGCAAUUUCUGAACUGUACGAACGCCACGUGGAAAACCAUACCAAGCUGGAUGGCACUCUACCAUUUUUUUGCCAAAUUUGUGACACCAGAUUCCAACGACAAGACCAAUUAGAUCAGCACACCGAGAAAGCCCACGCAGUCAACGGGAUCAACCGGAAACCAAUAAAGUAUUCGUGUUCUCUUUGCGAGGCCACAUUUUCGAGUCAAGGCAAGCUCUCGACCCAUCAAAGGGCAGAACAUCCCACCCUCUUAACGUGGAUUUGUGGGAGGUGUAACUCCGCCCAUUUGGAUGAGACUCAUCUUGCCACACAUUCUCUACUUCAUAAAGAGGGGUUGGGUUCGUAUUCUUGCCUGGUUUGUAAGAAAGCCGUUUUCAAGACGAAAGUCGAGCUAAAUCUGCACUUAUCGGGGAAACAUUCAGGCGAAGAAAUCGUGCCUUGUGGGGUCGACGGAUGCCCGAAACGCUUCUCCAGCCUAAACGACAAAUUACACCAUUUGGGCUCGGAGCAUAAGGAACCCGUCUUUAAGUGCAAUUAUUGUGAGGAAAGGUUUACCAAAUACCAGGCGAGAAUCAUGCAUGAAAAGCAAGCACACAAGGAUCAGGGUAUCGAAUCGUUUCCCUGUCAGUGGGAAUCUUGUGAUAAAGAGUUCCCAACGAGGCUGGCGUUAGGCAGUCAUGUGCGCAUGCGACAUAAGCGGAGAGGGGCCAAAACGUGCGAAGUUUGUGGAAAAGAAUUGUCUACCAUGGCGUCUUACAAGAAUCACAUGAAGAUUCAUAAUGGGGUAAAAGAUUUAAUAUGUGACGUUUGUGGGAGGGGUUUUUCAUGCCUGAAGGGUUUAAAGGAUCAUCAAAUCACCCAUACGGGAGAGAGACCAUUUAAGUGUAAAUUGUGCGAUAAGGCUUACACUCAAGGACACGUGCUCAAAACUCAUGUGAGCAAGGUUCAUGGGAGUGAGGAGAUUAAAAAUUAGUCAAGGGAUAAUUUUAAACGUUAUAAGUAUGUAUCUUAAAUCGUUUGAGUUUUGGAAAUCAUUUUGGCAUGUGUGAAUGUAUGUAAAAUUCAUUGUCCAAUCUAUUCAUUAGACUAAUGUGAUGAGUGUUUAUUAAUACAGACGGGUUUUCUAAAAAUAUUUUUGUAUAAUCGUAUUAACUGACAGUAUUGAAAUUAAAACUUGUAAUGAACAAUUUGCUAUUAUAUUCCAUUCACAGAGUAACAGUGGUAAUGAUGUAGUUAAUUAGAAUUAGGUGUGUAAAUACUUUCGUAUGUCAAUGUAUGAUUACUAUAUACCCAACAAUACACGUCUGAGGACGCCGUUGGUAGUGCAUGUACCAUAUACAUACAUUGGUAUAUAUUUAGGUACAUACUUAUAUGGUUAUGUACGCUAUCUUUUAAAUAUGUAACCGCAUUCUAUUUAGAUUCCAGGAAAAUGUAACAAACUUUUUUUCAACCUGCAUAAGUAGAUUGUCGGUACGUAAAUUUACACAAAUAUUUAAUAAGUCCGUAUGUGUUUAGAUAUGUAUGUACAUAAAUAAAUACGUAAAUGGACAUCUUUGCUUACCACACGAUUAGCCCCGCCUGCGUCAGCAAUAAAUUUCUUAAUUGGGUUACCUA